UAUUGGCUGAGAGAGUUCCCUCGCCCACGCCCAUUGGCCGCCCCGCCCCGUGUGUGCAGUCCGAUUGGCUGCGGCGGCCGGGGCCCGGUAUCCGGGUAAGAUGGCCGCGGUGGGAGAGUGCUCGCUCCCCGUUCCGUGGAAGUCGGUUUCCCUCACUCACGUCGAGUACCCAGAAGGCGACUUCACCGGCUACCUCCUUGCCUACAUGAGCCUCGGCCCCAUUUUCCUCAUAUUUGGCUUUGUCACGCUCAUCGUUUUCAAGAGGGAGCUUCACACGAUCUCUUUCUUGGGAGGGCUGUUGCUCAACGAAGGUGUGAAUUGGUUAAUAAAGAAUAUUAUCCAGGAGCCGCGGCCUUGUGCAGAAAUCCAUUCGUCGGUUAAUACACAUUACGGCAUGCCUUCCAGCCACUCCCAGUUCAUGUGGUUCUUCUCCAUCUACUCUUUCCUUUUCCUCUAUUUAAGAAUGCACCAAACAAACAACGCCAGGUUUCUGGACCUGCUGUGGAGACAUGUCCUCUCCCUCUGCCUCUUAACUGUGGCCUUUCUAGUCUCUUACAGUAGGGUCUAUCUGAUGUACCACACCUGGAGCCAAGUCUUAUAUGGAGGGGUUGUGGGGAGCAUCAUGGCCGUCGUUUGGUUUGUCUUCACGCAGGAGAUCUUAACACCGUUGUUCCCAAGGAUAGCUGCAUGGCCAUUAUCAGAGUUCUUCUUAAUCAGAGACACCAGUCUCAUCCCAAAUAUCUUAUGGUUCGAAUACACAGUGACCAGAGCAGAAGCCAGGAACAGACAACGUAAGCUGGGAACAAAGCUCCAGUGAACUUGCAAGGCUCAAGAACUGGACUGCAUGCUUCUGUAAGACAACGCAAGGGCCAGAGUUAGAGAGGGAGAGAGAGACACACACACCUGUUCAGACCUGGGAGUGAAGUGAGGAGCCUUUUAAGAGACGGACCAAAAGGACCAGACAGGGACCAUCACCUGAAGACCAGAGGCCUUUUUCCAACUAGCUGGAUACACUCUGCUGCAUGUCGAGGACCGUUUGAGAACACAGACCUGUUUAUCUAUUGCAGCUGCAUAGCAGGAUCUUACCCUCCCUUGGGUGCCGUGCCUCUUGCGCAAACAUUGCUGAAGCAAACAGGAUUGCUGCAGAGAGCCCCGAUAACGCGCUCUCCUUUCAAAAAUUUUUUGCCUCUUCAUUUCAGUGGGGCUUGCGCAAGACACCCUUCUGGUAGGUUGUGCCUGCGAUCUUGACGUUGGCAACAGGGAAGGGGGGUGCACGCAUUGGCGGAGGAUAUAUACCUAGCGUCUUGUUGGCGGGAGGGGGAAUUAACCUAUAUAUAGCUAUGUGACUUCUCCUCCCACCACGAAUGUCCCUUUUUGCAGCAUGCAAUAUACACACUAUUUAUUAUUAUCAUUUUUUAAAAUGACGUGUUUGCAAAAAGGAGGAGUGGGGAAGGGGUGGGGCUGUUUGAUCAUGUGUUUUUUUGAAAGGCUGAUGAUUCAUCUCCACUCAGGAGCGAGUUGAGGAAGGUGGAUUGCUGGAGCUGAAAAAGGGGGGAGGGUUGAAAGGCUUCUCUUUCUUUUAGUUUUAAACUUUUAUCAUGACUGUUCAGGGGCAUCUGGGCCAAUCCCAACUGCACUUUGCAUUGAUUUUAAGAAAACUACAAAAAGGUUUGCUUUUAACACUAGUGAUGUUUCUGCACAUAAAGCAGCAUGUAAGGGGGGGUAGUAAAAAAGGGGGGGGCACAAACGUGAGCUCAAGAGCGUCAUCACAGUGGAGAAAACUCCACUGUCAUUUUUAUUUCUUAUGCAGAUACCUGACCAAACUGUUUUCUUUCCAGUAGGGACUUUUUUUUAAGUGUCAGCUUCACCAAUGAUCUUUUCCCCCUGUCUCCUUUAUACUCUCUGUCCUAAUCCCCUCCCCACCCACCCCUUUCCUCAAAAUACGACUGCAAACUUUCUUACUCGUGGUUUAAAAUGCAUAAGGAAAAGAAAAUAUGCUAAAAGGAAGUCCUGUUAAGGCAUCGUGAUGCUCUUAAUGGUUUAAAGCUACCCUAAGUUUUUUCCCACCCCAAAAAACCUUUUAAAUACUCAAUAAAAUGUUUUUAUGGUCUCUUUCUG